UAUCUUAGCAACAGUGUGCAACAACCGUGAAGACAAAUGCAAGGUUAUUCAUUAUGAUUUUCAGAAAAUUACAGUCGGUAUGUUAACUGAAAUUGAAAGUAGGAAUUUAAACCGCAUUGUUGAUCCAUAUAUUAAUAUUAAAUGUAAAACAGAAAGCGAUAAACUGAAAGUGGAUCUUAAAUAGUGUCGAGUAGUAUGUUAUGAAAUAAGAAAUAUUUUUACUGAAAAGUUUUUGUUCAGACAUGGGUUAUUACAGAACAGCAGGUAUUCAGUGCAAUGAUAGUUAAGUGUAUUUUUAUAUAAACAAUAAGAGCAACAAAGAAAAACAUAUCAGUUUUCAGUAAAACACGCAAUGAGUGGGUCCACUAUGUCAUCAAAACCAUUGAUAAUAAAGAACGGUAGUCAUCACACUUGCAACAGUGAUGUUGGAUCAUGUGAGAUUAAAAUACAAGAAAGCGAUAAGAAAGAUGAUGGCUUCCAGCCACAGGACCAGAUACCUUGUCAGUAUAUGGACAAACCUGAACUAAUUCAAAGUUUCAGGAGCUUGAAAAAAUUAUUUCUGCUUUUGGCAACUUUAAAUAUGUUACUUAUCAUUGCCUGUUUUGUCUUAGUCAUUCAUAAGGAAUCAGAAUGUACAAGAAAAUCAGCAGAUUCUGUGAAGAUGGUUGAAGACGUGAAGACGAUCGUUCAAGAAAAUCUUUUAUCAAGUAAUUCUCUGAAUAUCGUACGGAAACAUAUUUUCUGUGCAUCAUGUGACGCUGUACGAGAUGUUAUGCCGCACUUUUUCGAGUCCGUUGACAACAACAGAUGCUGUAUUGAAAAUAUAUCAACCUUACUUCGACUUCUGAAAUAUAUUCUUUUAAAGAACUUGAAUGAAUACAAUUCGGAAGUAAGAAAUUUAAAGUCAAGUAUUGAAGAUUUGAAAGAAGACACUAACAUUUUAGAGAAUGCUUUGUUCAGCUCAAACAAAACAAAUGUGACAGAGGGAACAGAUUAUGACAUUCGGAGAGAAACUGUUAUGUGGUCUACAAUACAGAAAAACAACCAGCUUAUAAACACUGUGCUGAAUCAUAGGCGCUCGGCACUGCAUUUGUCAGGAACAGCUGGUGAAACUAGUAUCCAUUGGUCAGAAGAGGUGCAAUCAGGCGACUUGUCGUACGACGACGGUGGCAUUCAUGUGAGAAGUGGAGGGAAAUAUUUCAUCUACAGCAGCAUUCAUUUCUCAAAAAAAGUUUGCGACGGAACAGAAAACUUCGGGUACAGUAUCGAUCAAGAAUACAGUCCAGGAGAAUUUAUACCAAUUGCUCGAGUUGAAAAGCACUGUGCAACUAGCCGAAGUAUAGAUACAGGUUUACUCGCGCAAAGUGUUUUACAAGUUGACCUUGGACAGCAUGGAACACUAAGAAUACAGUACGAUAGAAACAAUCAGGAGUUUAUAGCAAAAGAGAAUAAGCUGCACACCAUUAUCGUUUUUGAAAUUUGAUAUGACAGAAAAAUAUUGUAUAUACUUGAGAGAUUGGAAUUCAAGUGGAAACAUUGUUUUCUUGUUUCAUGUAUAACUAAUGCAUGUAAUUACAAAAAAAUAUGUAAUUUGUUUUAUGUAUAACUAAUACGUGUAUUUACAAAAGAGUAUAUAAUUGUUUGAUUUUUGUGUUUAUGCACCAUUUGUAAUGCGAAUGUAUAUCAAAAUUACAUAUAUUUCUAUACAGGUAUAAAAAAACGUGUUGUAUCAUUGUUUCAUUACUGAUUGUACAUCACAGUAAUCAGUUCAUAUUCUCUAUUUAAAACAAAAUACUGUUUACUGCUUUUCGGACUAAAGAGUCGCUGUGUAUACGUCUUAGCAAAAGUAAAAUAAUAUAUCUACUUAUCAAUACCUGAAUUCAACAUUUUAUCGUUAGCAGAUUACAAUGAAAACUCUCUGAAAAAGCUUAUAUUCCUUACACCAAGCAAUGGGAAAGCAACGCUAAUGCAAAGAAGAUUCGCUUCAACACAGGUAAAUACAAUAAGUUGAAUGAACUUGUGUUGGAAUGGUUCUGCAUGGUCCGUUCAAAGAACAUCCCAAUGUCUGGUCCGUUGAUUCAGGAGAAAGCAUCGGAGUACGAGAAGGAACUUCAACUGUCCGAAUUCAAGGCUUCAAAUGGCUGGCUUCACAGUUGGAAAAAUUCUUACAAUGUGAAAGGAUAUAAAGUGUGUGGUGAAAGUGGUGGUGUAAACAGUGAAAGUGUCAACGAUUAUAAGAAAUGAAUUCCGGAAAUAAUAAGUGGUUACGACAAAUACGAUAUCUUUAAUUGGGAUGAAACAGGACUCUACUACAGAGCUUUACCGGAUAAAAUACUAUCUGUAGGACUGUAAGGGUCAGAGUGGCACGAAAGUGGCAAAAGAUAGAGUGUCAUGUUUGCCCACAGUGCAUCUGGAGAGAAAUUGAAACCGCUAAUGAUGACGUGCCCUUGGCAACACUGGUUGCUAGGUUUUCUGUGUCGAUGGAGGAUAUUCAUUAUAUUGACGAUGGAGCAGAGACUGCGGAAUCUGGAUCAGAGGACUGGGAGAAAAACUUAUAAAUCCUCACACGCUACAGAUGAUUCUGUUAUUGACGGUGACACAGAUGACGUUUGUAUUCCUGAUACGCCAAUGCCUGGAGCUGAAAUGACUUAUUCAGACGUGUUAAUCAUGGCAAUUAAACUGAAAAACUUUGCUCAGGAAAAUGACUCUAGUUUGCUGGAACUUGCGGAAGAUCUCAAGUUAAGAACUGAAUCAAUGAAAUGCUGACAAGCACAAACAAAACUAGAUUCAUUUCUUUUGUGUGAAAAGUAGAGAUCUUUACAGUGGCAUUAAUUACAUGACAUAUGAAAAGAAAUAGAUGUAUUCUAUGAAAGCUCUUGAUAAUGUGCUUUAUAAGUUAUCAUGAUAUUUGAAUGAAAUCUUUUUCGUAUUACAGUACUACAUGUAUAAUACAUGCACUAUUUUCGAUUCCACAUAUACAUUAUAUACUAAAUGUAUUUACUGCUUUAUGCAUAAAUAGUUUUGCUUUUUAUAUAAUGUUUGAAAGCAUUUUUGUUUGUAAAUAUUAAAAAUGAUAACAUAA